UCUCGCAGCCAAAUUCAAGAAGGUGGAGAUGCUUUCUGCUUUAAGGCAUCGCCAAGAUAUGGACAUAACAGUGCUUAAUAGCGCCGGUAAAUCGGCAAACUGGGAAUUACUUCAUGCCACCAACCCCGCGAAGCCUUUAAUCUCGAUGGCAGACGAUAUAUCUUCCCCGCCAGAACCAUCAGGGGGGCUACCCGUUCACCAGGAAACCCUCUGAUGGACCUACGUCUCCUAGAAGCAGCAGCGUCUGGUGAUGCUGCAGAAAUGAAGCACAUGGCUGUGCAUGUCCCUGGCGUCCUGCAUGGGACAACCCCGCAAGGGAACACCUGCCUCCACAUCGCCUCCAUCCAUGGGCACGAGGAGUUCUGCAAGGAUGUCAUGUCGCUCAGCCAGUCUGUGCCUCUCCUGGCCGCCACCAAUGCCGACGGCGAGACGCCGCUGCUCGCAGCCGUAGCAAGCGGCCAUACAUCUUUGGCUUCAUCUAUUCUCAGGUGCUGCAUUGCUCAGCAGUUGAGCGACGCAAUCCUAAUGCAAGACAGGAACGGAUGCAAUGCGCUGCACCACGCCAUCCGCAGCGGCCACAGGGACCUCGCGCUGGAGCUGAUAGAGGCCGAGCCUUCACUGUCGCGUGCUGUAAACCAAUACGGCGAGUCGCCCAUGUUCAUCGCGGUGAUGAGAAAUCACGCGGAUGUCUUCGAGAAGCUGUUGGAGAUCCCUGAUUCUGCUCACGGGGGAGCGUAUGGUUACAAUGUUCUGCAUGCUGCUGUGAGAAGUGGCAAUACAGCCAUCGCAAAAAGGAUUAUGGAGACACGUCCCGGGCUGGCCAGAGAAGAAGACAAACAUAAGGCUACUCCAAUGCACCUGGCUGCGCACUGGGACAAGGUUGAGGUCCUGAGAGUGCUGCUCGAACAUGACUGGUCCUUAGGGUACGCAGUAUCCUCUAAGGGAUCCCCUGUUCUUAUUUCUGCGGCAGCGUCACGGGGAUAUGUUGGUAUUGCCAAAGAGCUUCUUAAGCAUUGUCCGGAUGCUCCCUGUCGCGUUGCAAACGACGAGACGACAUCGACAUGUCUUCAGCAAGCUGUAAUGCUUGGUCGUAUGGAGCUUCUAGAAUUCUUCCUUGAUUCAAAGUAUACUCGGAAACUAGUCAACGUGCGAGACGAAAAUGAAGAGACUCCUUUGCAUAACGCGGUAAGAAAGUGUGAUCCAAAGAUAGUCCAUGCUUUGCUACGAUGCCCGGACAUUGAUGUUACAGUGCUCAACAAAGUGGGUAACCCAGCAUCCUGGUUACUAGGUACUACCGCCCACCACGCCAAGACAUUAAACUGGAAUGAAGUGUCAAUGCUUAUGUUGAAAGCUGAUCCUCUACACGCACCUUCUAUUGGUAAUCUCCAUGAGCAAGUCAAGAAUAAAGUGACAGCCUCAUCAAGGAAGGAUAUUAAGUCACUGACUCAAACAUACACUGGCAACACUUCCCUAGUUGCCAUCCUCCUUGCCACUAUUACCUUUGCUGCUGCUUUCACUCUGCCUGGAGGAUAUAGCAGUGACUCCGGAAACGAGGGGCUUCCCAUCAUGGCAAGGAAGUUUGCUUUCCAGGCAUUCUUGCUCUCAGACACCUUGGCAAUGUGCUCCUCACUUGUUGUUGCCUUUGUGUGCAUCAUAGCAAGGUGGGAGGAUCUUGAGUUCUUACUUUACUACAGAUCUUUUACGAAGAAGCUUAUGUGGUUUGCAUACAUGGCUACCACCACAGCCUUCGCAACUGGUCUAUUCACUGUUCUUGCUCCUCAUCUCCUAUGGCUGGCCGUUACAAUAUGUGUUCUAACAUCUUUAUUGCCCAUUCUUACCAAGCUACUAGGAGAAUGGCCCAUCUUGGAACUGAGAUUCCGGUUGGGUCGGAAUUUCAAGUCUGAGCUCCUUAGUAUGAUCUAGCUUCAUCAGCUUCAAUUGUUGGGCCCAGCUGCUUUUCUAUAUUUUAAUACUCGAACAUAUUGUAUCUCUAUGUUGGGAUAAUGACAUUUUAUUUGGGCAAUUUGGAAUUCUAUGUAAAACCUGCACUAUGUACUUUGAACACUGAUUGCACCAUGUUUGUGCAGAUGAGUGGUACUGUUUUGUUUCCAGAUUGGACA